UGGUCAUAUGUGUAAUGACACAAAGACAUGAAAAGUCUUCGUGUCAAGGAAAUGCAAGUUCAAGGUAGCUCUACUGACUCAGAAAUACGUGAUAAGCAAAGUAUGUUCCUGUCAUUCAUUUCCUUUUGAAAGGAAAAGUCUCCAUGUGGUAUUAGUACAUUUUGUAAACCCAUUCUCCAUUUUCUAAUCUCUUUCUUUCUCUCCCUUUUAAAACAGGUUGAGAGCCUUCAGCAGGCAGCACAAUUCGGGUAGUUUGUGGUUCUUAUUCCAAAUGCUCUUUCAGAACCUUGCUAUUCCCCAUCAAGGGUAGAAUCUACGUCCUCCCCCCUCUUUUGAAACUUGGUGACUUUUGUGACUGCCUUGACUAAUAGAAUUCAGCAGAAGUGAAACUAUCUGACUCUGAGGCCAUAUCAUAAAAGCUGUAUACCUUCCACUUGUCUCUCUCUCUCUCAGAAUGCUCACCCUGGGAACCCAACCACCAUGCUGUGAGGAAGCCCAGGCCAUACUGGCAGGGUCUCAGGGAAAGUGAUCACGCCUGAGACCCUGAGCCCUGGGCCUUGACUGAACUCCAGCUGGCAACCAGCACUAAUUUGCCAGCCACUCUUUCAGAAAACAUCCUUGGUGGGCCUGACUGUCAUUGGAUUGAAUUGGGGCCCAUGCCCACUCCUGAACAGAACACCGUGAUCUGAAUGCUUGUCUGUCCCACCAAGUCCCAUCCUCACCAUGGCUCCUGGAGAGAAGAUCAAAGCCAAAAUCAAGAAGAAUCUGCCCGUGACAGGACCUCAGGCGCCUAACAUCAAAGAGCUAAUGCAGUGGUACUGUCUGAACACCAACACCCAUGGCUGCCGCCGCAUUGUGGUGUCGCGUGGCCGCCUCCGGCGCCUGCUCUGGAUUCUCUUCACGCUGACGGCCGUGGCCCUCAUUUUCUGGCAGUGUGCCCUCCUCAUCUCAUCCUUCUAUACCGUCUCUGUCUCCAUCAAAGUCCACUUCCAAAAGCUGGAUUUUCCUGCGGUCACCAUCUGCAACAUCAACCCUUACAAGUACAGUGCUGUGCGCCACCUCCUAGCCGACUUGGAACAGGAGACCAGAGCGGCCUUGAAGACCCUGUAUGGUUUUUCAGAGAUUACGUCUCGGAAACGCCGAGAGGCACAGUCCUGGAGUUCAGUCAGGAAGGGCACUGAUCCCAAAUUCCUCAACCUAGCCCCACUGAUGGCCUUUGAGAAGGGUGAUACGGGCAAGGCCAGGGACUUCUUCACGGGACGGAAGCGGAAAGUCAACGCAAGAAUCAUUCACAAGGCAUCAGAUGUCAUGCAUAUCCACAAUUCCAAGGAGGUGGUGGGAUUCCAGCUGUGUUCUAAUGACACAUCGGACUGUGCAGUCUACACCUUCAGCUCAGGGGUCAAUGCAAUCCAGGAAUGGUACAAGCUACACUACAUGAAUAUCAUGGCGCAGGUGUCUCAGGAGAAGAAAAUCAACAUGAGCUACUCUGCUGACGAGCUGCUGAUCACUUGCUUCUUUGAUGGGGUGUCCUGCGAUGCCAGGAACUUCACGCUUUUCCACCAUCCAAUGUAUGGGAAUUGCUACACAUUCAACAAUAGACAAAAUGAGACUAUCCUCAGCACCUCCAUGGGAGGCAGUGAGUUUGGGCUGCAGGUCAUCCUGUACAUAAAUGAAGAAGAGUACAAUCCCUUUCUGGUGUCCUCCACUGGGGCUAAGGUGAUUGUCCAUCGGCAGGACGAAUACCCCUUCGUUGAGGACGUGGGAACAGAGAUAGAGACAGCCAUGGCCACCUCCAUAGGAAUGCACCUGACGGAGUCCUUCAAGCUGAGUGAUCCCUACAGCCAGUGCACAGAGGACUGGAGUGACGUGCAGAUCACGAACAUCUACAACGCCACGUAUUCCUCCCAGAUCUGCCUUCACUCAUGCUUCCAGGCAAAGAUGGUAGAGAACUGUGGGUGUGCCCAGUACAGUCAGCCUCUACCUCAGGGAGCCGACUACUGCAACUACCAACAGCACCCCAACUGGAUGUACUGCUACUACCAGCUGCACCAGGCCUUUGUCCGGGAAGAGCUGGGCUGCCAGUCGGUCUGCAAGGAAGCCUGCAGCUUUAAGGAGUGGACACUGACCACCAGCCUGGCACAGUGGCCAUCAGAGGUCUCCGAGAAAUGGUUGCUGUCCAUUCUCACCUGGGACCAAAGCCAGCAAAUAAAGAAGAAACUCAACAAGACAGACUUGGCCAAACUCUUGAUAUUCUACAAAGACCUGAACCAGAGAUCCAUCAUGGAGAACCCUGCCAACAGUAUCGAGCAGCUUCUGUCCAACAUUGGCGGCCAGCUGGGCCUGUGGAUGAGCUGCUCCGUCGUCUGCGUCAUUGAGAUCAUCGAGGUCUUCUUCAUCGACUCCCUCUCCAUCAUUGCCCGCCAGCAGUGGCACAGAGCCAAAGGGUGGUGGGCCCGGAGACGGGCCCCCGCAUGCCCCGAGGCUCCCCGCACCCGGCAGGGCCGGGUCAACCCCGGCCUCGACAUAGACGAUGACCUGCCCACUUUCACCUCCGCCUUGAGCCUGCCUCCAGCCCCAGGGGCCCAGGUGCCCGGCACGCCACCCCCCAGAUACAACACCCUGCGCUUGGAGAGGGCCUUCUCCAGUCAGCUCACAGAUACGCAGGAGGCCGCUGAGUCCUGAGGCAGGGCAGGGAAGAAAGAUGGA